CGUGAUCCGUGAACACCAUUCCAUGUGCCCUCGCAAAUUCGCAGCGCCUCUAGAGUUCAUCGUAGCUAAUAUCGCGGCCCUGCAGCUUUCGCAAGUGCAGUUUGCGAUCUCUGUCACUCGAUUAGAGCAGAACGAAGAGAGGAAUGGAGGAUAAAUAAUUUAUUUUUUUCCUGACAGAUCGAAAUCGGGACAUAAAGUUCGAUAAUUGAGCUUGCAUUGCUGUUGUGCUAGUGAGCCCCGUAUCCAUCUCGGCGACAUCCCCUGCCGCCGUAGCGUCAGGUUGUGCAAGACCUGAGGGGGUAGCAAGUGAUCAAGCGAAGAGGAAAGUUGUGAGUCGCCGAAUUCCGGACUAUACACAAAGCCCGUUCGUCAUCCCUUGGCAAACAGGAUAGUUUACGGCCGUGUUUACUAUGACUGGACGCCAUCAAUAAUUAAUUAAUAUUGAUUGCAACGGGAGAAAUGGAGCCAUUCAAAAGUCUUCCCGAGGUGACGAUUCAAAAGAUUUUCGUGCCCACUGGACCAGUCAUGGAGACUGCUGGUGACGAGGAGGACGUCAGGCAGGAGGACCUCGAGUCUGAAGGUGUAGACAGUGAGUCGUCUGAGGAUAAUAAAGCCUCUGCGGCCGAAGACGGCGACAACGAAGACGAGGAUGAAGCGGAAAAGCAGGGUGAAAUCAACGGAGAGUGCAAGAGUGAUAGUGAGGAAAAAGUCCACGUGCCAGAAAAUGGACCUGAAGUAGAUGAGGAGAUUAAGUCUGAUGUGUCGCCAUCCUUGUGCAAUUCGAUCAAAAAGCGGAAGAAUUCGGAUUCGGAGAAGGAUACCAUUAAGAAAAAGAAGCGGAAAAGGAAGAGAGAGGCGAAGGUGAAAAAAGAGGAAAACACCGACAGCGAAAGCGAGAAUGACCAGCAACUGAAAGAGAAGCGGCCGAAAAACCUGAGGAAGAACAUCAGGGAAGUGAUGACGGAAGACGUACUUGACGAGGAGACAAAAGCUGCGCAGAGGAAGGAGAUGGAAAGACUGAUUCGAGUGCAAGAGCGACAAUUAGAGUUUCAACGCUACAUGCGCGAGCAAAAUAAACAAAUGCAGCAUUUGGGGAGACUGGAUAACUGUGUCAUCACCCCUGUUGGUGGAGACCAAAAACCUUUCGUCGAAAACAAUCAGCUUCCGUCGUUUGGCAGUUGGAACUCUUUUGAGGAAGAUCCCAUGUACGACACCGCCAAUCCCACCUUGAGAAAAACCGUCCUUGAACAUCUGAGUAUGCCCCACCUCGCUGACGCCAAAAAAUUGCACCCCUCAGUCCAGAUCACCAAUGCUGUGAAACACGCUAGUGCCACCGUUGCUCAGGAAGAUCCUGAAAGUAUUAAGCCAGAAGAGGUCACAAUCAGCAGCGACGACGACGACUGCAUGGUAGUUGCUGUUACUGAUGAAGAAGAAGAAAUUGACGACCCAACCAAUUCUGGUAGCCACACUAAAGAUCAAUUCAAUAUUCCAGACGAUCAGGGUCGAGUACUCAUCAACGUGCAUGAAUUUUCGAAAGGCGAGCCAGGUGUAUUUCUUGCACCUCAGAUCGCGCGUGUCAUCAAGCCACAUCAAAUUGGCGGCAUUCGUUUCUUGUACGACAACGUCAUUGAGUCACUAGAGAGAUGCAGGGCGAAUGAAGGCUUUGGCUGCAUACUAGCGCACUCAAUGGGUCUGGGAAAAACUCUGCAGGUUGUAUCCUUCUGUGAUAUCUUUUUGCGGCACACGGACGGUCGUCGCGUGUUAUGUGUCAUGCCAAUAAACACGCUGCAAAAUUGGCUCGCGGAGUUUGACAUGUGGAUCCCCGAAGUGGCGCCUGCCAACGCCAAAGCAGAUUUCCGACCAAGAAACUUCAAGCUGCAUUUACUGAAUGAUGCGCAGAAAACUCUUGUGGCUAGAGCAAAGGUUAUUCGUCAGUGGAAAGCGGAUGGGGGUGUGCUCCUCAUCGGCUACGAGUGUUAUCGGAAUCUCUGCCUGCGUAAAGACAAGACGAGCAGUAAGAAAAAAAGGUUCACGCAACUGGUUGACGUUGAAGAGAAUGACGCGAAGAAGAAACUUCUGUGGAAUGAAGUACAUGACGCGCUGUUAAAGCCAGGACCGGACCUUGUGAUUUGUGACGAGGGUCACAGAAUAAAAAACCACCUCGCAACGACCUCUCACGCUCUGAAGAGCAUACAGACAAAGCGGCGUGUUGUGCUUACCGGCUACCCAUUGCAGAACAACCUAUUGGAGUACUGGUGCAUGGUUGAUUUUGUCCGACCAAACUAUUUGGGCACAAAAAAUGAGUUUUCUAACAUGUUUGAACGCCCAAUUUCAAAUGGCAAUUGCCAUGACAGCACUCCUGACGAUAAAAGGACUAUGCGCUACCGCGCCCACGUUUUGCAUUCCCUGCUCAAUGGAUUUGUUCAAAGGCGAAGCCACGAUGUCUUGCAAAAAGCCCUCCCGCCAAAGAAGGAAUUUGUUCUGCUGCUCAGAAUGGGAGAUUUACAGAAAAAACUCUGCUCAGGUUAUAAGAAGGUGUAUCUCAAAACAAAGGCCGCGACAAAUCCAUUGAAAGCGUUCGCUGUAUUCACCAAGAUUUGGAACCAUCCGGACAUACUCUACCACCACAUCAAUAAUAAUAAGAUGGGAAAGGAUUCGGAUUUGGAGGAACUCAUUGACGGGACAAUCGAGGGGUCGGCUGGCCCAGCCCAAUCUGGCAAGAAAACCCGACCCAAGAAGACUGCUAAGCUGGUGACUAAGGCAAAGGUUGACGUGGUUGUUAAGGCGAUCGCUCCAAACCAAGACGCGUCUCACUCAGCUCAAAACCAAGACUUCCAGUUCAAUCAGAACCUCGGCUAUGGAGAGUCGUCCAAUCAUUACAACCAGCAGUUGUACCAGCAGCAGCAGCAGGCUUACUUCAACAGCUCGCAGCAGCAGUGUUACCAGCAGCCAUCAAACCAGUUUCAGGCCGGCGCUGAGCAUCAAGAACCGUACAACUCGCUCGCAAUGGGCCAGAGCUUUCAAUCGCAGCAGCAGUGCUGGCCGCAGCAGGGUGGAUACGGUCAGAGCCAGAGCUCGUUCGGAGGCCAGUUUGAUAAUGCAUACGGAAUGCUACCAACUACCCUCAAGCCUAAUAAUGAGGCCAUGAUGGAUAUGAGCGACAAGAAGGGGGAAGAGAUCCAGUCAAUGGAGAAGAUGAUUGACGAGAAGAUCGAAAACAACUCAAGGGAGGAAGAGUCGAAAGGCUCUAACAUGCCAAAGUCCGGGAAAGAUGACAGCAAUUCUAUCUCUUAUGAUUGGGCCUUUGAGAUCAUGAAAGAGUACAUACCGGGCCUGAUUGAGCAAGGUCCCAAGAUGCAGGCGGUAUUCUGCAUUUUAGAGGAGUGUUCGAAGAUCAAUGACCGCGUCCUCCUCUUCAGCCAGUCGCUGUACACGCUGAACAUGAUAGAAGAUUACCUCCAUAAGAACUUAGUUCCCGGAACAAACGAGAAAUGGACCAAAAACGUCCAUUACUUCAGACUCGAUGGUAACACCCCCGCCAUUGAAAGAGAAAGACUGAUUAAUGAGUUCAACGCUAACGAGAAGGUUUCACUUUUCCUGGUGUCGACCAAGGCAGGCAGUUUAGGAAUCAAUUUGGUGGGCGCCAACCGUGUGAUUGUGUUUGACGCCUCCUGGAAUCCCUGCCACGACACACAAGCUGUCUGUCGAGUGUACAGAUAUGGUCAAAUGAAGCCAUGCUACGUGUACCGUCUAGUGAUGGACAACUGCAUGGAGAAAAGGAUCUACGAUCGACAGGUCAGCAAGCAGGGUAUGGCGGACCGCGUCGUUGACGAACUCAACCCAGAUGCCCACCUGUCGAUGAAGGAUUCGAGUAACCUUCUGUGUGAUUCUGAGGAAGAAGGUGCGAUCAUAGAUCUGUCUGAGGAUGCAAGCAAGUACAGCACUGACUCCGUCCUGCAAAAAUUGCUCGAGAGAUACGGCACUCUUCUGACCAAGUCGCCGUUCCAACACGAGUCUCUCCUGAUCGACCGUAAGGACAAGAAGCUGUCAAAAGCCGAGAAGCGGCUUGCUCAGAGGCAUUACGACCAGGAAAAACAAGCCAACACAAAGCCCAGCUUCAACAACUACUACGGAGGGCAGCAAGGCUCAUUCAGCACGUCUGGAGGAGGAAUCGUGCACGCAACGCCGCCGACGCAUUCAAUCAGACAAGAACAACACGCGGCACCUACAGUGCGUCCGAGCCGAGUUCCUCCAACGUCGCCUCCGAACUGGCGCCCGGCCGAAUUUUUUGAGCAGCAGGGAAUGAGUGUGAGGGAGUUCCACUUACGAAAAGAUAUGACGUUCAACACCAUGGGGUCCCAGGAGACCGCCCUGAAGGCCGGCGAGAAGGUGAUGAUCAUGAAGAGUCCAAAGGGCGUACUCAUGCAAUUCAGGAACGGACAGAUCACUGCCUUGAAAUCCAAUUUGAAGAAUGGGAAUAUUAACAACAAUAACAACGUGCCCAACGCGGUGAGGAACCUGCUACCGCGAAACUCUGAGCUGACCAUCACGUCGUGGCCUUCUGGACAGGCGUUGAACCACUCUGCACAUGGCCAGGUGCAACCGGACGUCCAUGACCUGACCUCAUGCAGCAGUGGCAGCAACUCGCCUGGUGGCAUGGCGCCUCCCGCCUACAACAACCAACAGAUGUCGGCCUUGGACAAAGGCAUCAACUCAAUCCCGUUGCCGCACACGUUGAUGAGGAGCAAUUUCCAUCCCUCCUACAACAUGCAGCACGAGCGACAGCAGCAUUACCGACAGCCUCCAUUGCGCUCUAGCGGCGGCGGCAUCGUCGCCACCAAUGCAGAGAUGCAGAGCAACCUUGCAUACCAGCAGAACUACAACGCCUACGAUCAGCAAAUGCAGCAACAGCAGCAGCAGCAGCCGCAUCAGCAGCCGCCGCAGCAGCAGCAGCCAUACGGCAACAAUUCCUACAGCGCAUUCCACAGACCGAACUUUGCCUCAAACAACGCAUACGCUUCGCAGUACAACUUCGGCGGCAACAGUAACAUGUACCAAAAUGUUAUCACCGCAGAGAUGUACGCGCCGCCAGAGUAUGCGCAGGAAAGUGAUACAUAUCAGCAGCAGUCCGGCUUCAACCCAAUGUUUAGUUCCUCGUCGCAGAGCAGCGGUCACCAUUACUCUCAUCAGCAGUUAUGAGCGACACUCUGGACCUAGCUGUGACUGUUUUAAACACUGACCCCACAUGCGGUGGUAUCUUAUUUCAUUAUUUUUCCAAUAUUUUGCAAAAAGUGCAAUAAUAGUUGACAAGUUUGACAGUUCCUUUUGUGAGCAGAAGCAAAUCUCGUUUUGUAUGAAGUUUACUCACGUUAGGCUUAUUUCUUACUACUGUAAUUACUUUUUACCGAUUAUAGUUCAAAUCAUUUAUUCUUCACUCUGCCAAAGAAUUUAAAGAGAAAUACCAUUGUUUGCUUCUUUGCAUUUACAAAGGCAGUGUUGCCUUAUCCACACUUCAUGUACUAAGUAAGAAUAUUUUAAUGUGUUGACCAUGGAGUAAUAUAAAACGUAUUCAACAAC